AGCCGGAGUGGUGUAUUGACCCUUUGGUGGCGAGUCACGUAGGCUUAAGUUUAUCCCAGCCUUCAUAAGUAGCUAGUUUUGAAUAUUGUAUCUUGGGAUGCUUACCUAAACCUUGCUUUUGUGGUAGCAUAGGCUAAUUUAUAUAGAUCAGUAUCAUCUCUUAGAAUAAUAAAUUUGGUGUAUUUAAGUCGUGAGUAAAAAUAUUUUGUUUUCGUUUAGCAUAAAAAAUAGUAUCCAAGUCUGAUUACUAUAUGGGAUCAUUAUGUAAGAAGCUACAAAUUUCCUGGCGUUAGGUAGGCUAUUACAGUUCCUAAUUGAUUGUAUGCUUUCAAGUAAAAGUUAUGUAUAGCAAAUUGACGUACUGUUAGUAGUAGCUCAUGUUUCAAAGCACAUCCAUUGGCAAAGUUUACAACCGGUGAACAAACCUACAGGCUUAGUAGCUACUGUAAUUUACGGGCUGCUCCAGGAGCAAGAGCCCGUGCCAGCACAAGGCUGGCAUAAUAAAAAAAUUAAAUUAAAUUAACCACAGACCUCGACCCUAGUGUUCACAGGUAUAUCGAACUAUACAGCUAAAACUUAGUGUGAGGUUAGGGUAGUUUUUGACCAUUGCCAAGUUUAUUCUAGUGGGAAAUGCCACAAAUAAAAGAAAGUUAUUUGAAGACUAAAUUGAAUAAGAUUAUUCCAUAAGUAUUAGUUGUGAUUCUCUUAAAUUAGAUUUGAGGCAUCAUAAGGGGAAUUUGUUAUAGGCAUUGCCAUUAUCAUGGAUUGCAUACAUCAUGUCAAGGAUGGGGAUUUGAUAUAGCCUAAGCUUCCUAGUACCCUUUUUCAUCACUGAUGGUCACAUCUCAUGGAGAGUCAAUCAUAUUCUAAAACAGGUUAACAGAAUAACACAAAAUGAUGCGCUAUGCUGGUGUUCGAUUGCUCCGAGGGGCAUGGUUGGCUUCUGCAACAAAAACUCGAUUGUAUUCGUCCAGUAACACAGACGUAAUUAUUCAAAGGCUGGAGGGGGAUUGUGAAGGAAUAACUGUUUUUGGCUUUAGUCGUCCAGCUGCAAAAAAUGCAAUAAGUAAAAAUCUCCUGAAAGAAUUUGAGGCUGCCAUUUCCAGUGUGCGACACGAUAGAAGUGUUCGAGUAGUAUUGCUACGUUCAUUAGUUCCAGGUGUGUUUUGUGCUGGUGCUGACUUGAAAGAAAGAGCAACAAUGAAACCAGAAGAAGUUGGGCCCUUUGUAUCUAAGGCUCGUGCAUGUAUUGGCGAUUUAGAGAACUUACCAAUGCCUGUCAUAGUGGCACUUGAUGGUGCAGCUCUUGGGGGUGGCUUAGAAAUGGCCUUGGCUUGUGAUCUUCGUGUAGCUGCCGACUCUGCUAAAAUGGGACUUGUUGAAACAAAACUAGCAAUCAUUCCAGGUGCUGGUGGCACUCAGCGCCUCCCUAGGAUCGUUGGGACUGCUAAGGCCAAGGAACUUAUAUACACAGCUGCUGUUCUUAAUGGAAAGGAAGCUGCAGAAAUAGGUUUAGUCAAUGCCGUUGCUCCUCAGAAUGAAAGUGGAGAUGCUGCGUACCUCAAGGCCUUAGAGCUUGCAAAGAAAAUAAUUCCCAAUGGCCCAGUUGGUGUUAAAAUGGCAAAGACUGCAAUUACUCGUGGAAUGGAAGUUGACUUAACUACAGGAUUGAGUAUUGAGGAAGCCUGUUAUGCUCAGGUGAUUCCAACAAAGGACAGAAUUGAAGGAUUAACAGCCUUUAGAGAAAAGAGGAAGCCAGAGUACAAGGGAGAAUAAUGGUGAUAUGGUAUUCUUGCACAACUCUCUCAUGACAUCUUUUAAUUUGAUUUUCAUGAAGAUAGCAUGGUAGAAAACUUUGUAAUUUAGCUGAAAGAUGUUAAAUGAAAUAUUUACAUAGUACUGAAAGUGUACAGAAUGUUAAGCAUUAUAAGUACACGUGUCUGGAACUUUUAUACUACAAUAUUCCCAAGAAAGUAAUUUUUAGAAAAAUUCAGGGAAUUUUGUUCCAUUAUUCAGGUAAUUUUUGUAUUUGUAGAUACUGUAUAAACAAUAAUGGAAAACAGUUUUGUAUAUUUUUUGUUAUAUUAUCAAUUUUGAACAUUGAAUAGAGAACAUUUAUUAAAACUAUGGCUUAGAUCAGGGAAAGUUAGGAAGUUGAUACUUUUCUGUGGCAGAAAGAAAUGAAGUGGUAUUCAAUACAGUACUGUAUAUUAACAUGUUUGAAUGAAUGUUUGCAGAGUCCCUUUGUGCCAUAAGUCUCUGUUUGUAACAACAUUGAGUUGGGUACUCAAAAAUGCAUUGUCAUUUUUUGUUGGGCAGGAAAAUAUAGUAGUAAUAAAGUACAAAGUCUGUAAUUUUGUGGGUUUCAAUAAAGAAUUUAUAUUUU